AUGAAUUAUCAAGGAUUAAUCGAAAAAUUUGUUAAUGAUCGUGAUGAAACAGUUGUUAAUCAACUAGGACAAUUUUUGAUGAAGAAAGAAUUAACAUUAAUAGAUUUUAUUGUUUAUAUUGGUGAUUAUCUUCAAAGUACAGAAUUAUCAACAAGAUCUUUGGCUUUAACAUUAGUUGCAAAUGUUCUUGAAUAUUUACCAAAUACAUUUUUAGAAUCGAAUGAAAUUCAUCAUUUAGUUGUUUUUAUAAGUGCAAAAAUAAGUGAUCAUCAUACACUUAUACAACCAUCUGUUCUAUUAUUUCGUAUUUUAGCUAAACAAUCAGCUAUUAGUGAUGAUGAUUGUACAACAAUGAUAAAAUCAAUAUUUUCUGAUGUUUAUGUACAAUCACUUCCGCAAGCACAUCGAUAUAAAGUUUUUGUUAUUUUAUUAGAUUUUCUGUUACAUCAUCUCGGUGCUGUUCAGCAACUUGGUAGUGAUUUUGUUUGUAAUUUUAUACAAUCCAUGGAUGGUGAACGUGAUCCGAGAAAUCUUGUUCUAUGUUUUCAAUGUGUACAAUAUAUGACGAAAUAUUUAGAUAUUGAACCUUAUAAAGAAGAAUUAUUUGAAGUUGUUGCAUGUUACUUUCCAAUGGAAUAUAAACCGAAAGCAACAAAUAAUGAAAUGGAAGAAACAAUUACACACGAACAGCUUGUCCUUUCAUUACGUAAUGUUUUAACAUCAACCGGUAAAUUCGCUCGAUAUUGUACACCGAUGUUAAUUGAAAAACUGGAAUCGGAUAUACCCAGUGCUCAUUUAGCUGCUAUGGACGUCUUUAUUCAUUGUGUUGAUGAAUAUGAUGCUCGUGAUAUGGGUUCACAUAUAAUACCAUUAUGGAAUUUGUUUAGUAAACAGGCUUUUUGUGCUGAAAAUCAAGAGACUGAAACAUAUGCACUUAAAAGUAUAACUGCAUUAAUGCAAUUAAUUGGAAAAUCAGUUCAAAAUGAUGAAACAGAAAUUUCAACAAAGAAAUUGGUCGCUCGAGCUAUUCAACAAUCGGAAAAUUUUCUUAAACAAUUCGAUUUAAAACUUGCUUGGCCAGCAGCAAAAGUUCUUCAAGCUGUUGCACGUGGUAAUCCAACUUGUUCAACACUCAUAUGGUCAAGCAUAAUUCCAUUAUUAGUCAAACAAUUCAAUAAUUUAGAACUAUCCGGUCAUAGAAGAACAAUUCUUGAUAUGAUUACUUAUUUUCUUCAACCAACAGAUAUUGGAGAUAUAAUUAAAUUAGCUUCUGAUGUAUCAGAUGAACUUUGGAUACUUGUAUCAACACAUUUUGAAUUAUUUCCAAGUCAUUGUCUUUCAUUAAUUAGUAAUCUUUUACAAUUAAAUUCUACACCUGGUCAAGUACUUGAAGAUAAUUUAUUAAAAUUUAUUUUACAAGGAAAUAUUAAUGAUGAAUUAAAAAUAAAAUUAUCAAAUGUUUUAAAAAUAUUAGCAUCGUCAGCUUCAUUUGAUCGUAUAUGUAUGAUUUUACUUAUGAAUUUAAUCAAUUCAUGGACAGUUACCAAAACAACACCAUCCAAUGAAACAUUAGAAUGUUGUAUUGAUUUAUGUCAUAAUUCUGAACGAUGUCAAGAACGUCUUGAACGUUUCUUUUUUCCAUCACAACAAUUAAUUCGACUUUUACCAAAUCUUUUUCAAUAUUUAUCACCUUUAUAUAUUUUAACAAAUUUAUUUUCACCAUCAUUUGAUUUAUUAUUAGCAUUAGUUGUUAAUGAUGAAUAUACAAAAUAUUUCUGUUCGAAAUGUGGUAGUAUUGCUGAUGAAAGUUGUAAAACAUUUGUUCAAAAUUUCUCUGAAACAAAUUUAUUCGACGAUUCAAUUUGGCAAUUGGAUAAACAAACAAAUCUAUUGAUAAUGAUUUAUUUUAUUGGAAAUUUAAAACGAAAAUUUUUUCAACAUGAAUUAGAAUUAAUUUUUAAUAAAAUUAAUCAAAAAUUAAUUGAGAAAAUAUUUAAUCAAUCAUCAAAUGAACUGACAAAAAUCUAUUGUUAUUUUUAUGGAAAUUUAAUCAAUAAAUUAGCUUCGAAGAAUGAAAUACUUGAACAAGUUCAUUUGAUUAUAAAACAAUGUGAAACAUCUCCGGAUGAAAAACAUAUUCAUUUAUGGACAAUUAUUGUUAAAGCAUUAAUAUUAUAUCGUCCUUCACUUAUUGAACAAUACAUUCCAACAUUAAUAUUAUGGAUGAAUGAAAAGAAUAAUAUUGGUGAUUUAGGAUGUCAAUCAUUAAAAAUUUUAACUAAUUUUAAUGAACAAACUUUAUUAUUAUCAUCUGAAGCUGAUUGUAUUGUUCAUCCAAUGGUUAAACAAAUUACUUUUAUGAGUAUACUUUCAAAAAUGAAACCACUUUUGAUUAAUAAGGAAUUAUUACCAAGUCAAAUGAAUGUACUCGUUGAUUUAUUAAGCAAUGUACCAAAAACUAUUAUUCAAGAUGAAAUUGUCUCAUUAUUACCUAUUUUAAUUCGAGCAUUAGCAUCAUCAAAUGAAUCAGUUUGGCCAUCAGCACUUAAUUCAAUAUGUGAUUUAAUUAAAUCUGAACCAAAUAGAAUAGUUGAUCAUAUUGAUACACUUUUUUCACGCUUAAUAGCUUUAGCAACUUAUCAAAAAGAUAUGUCAAUUCGUAUUACAAGUUUAAAAUGCUUGAAAAAUUUAUCAAAUUUACCCAUACAUAUAAUUGAGCCAUAUCGACGUCAUAUAAUACAUCUAUUAAAAAAAUGUGUUGACGAUCGUAAACGUCUUGUAAGAAGACAAGCUGUCGAAACACAAAUGUCAUGGUAA